AUGCACUUCCAGAAGAUUGCUCUGGCGUUGAGCCUCACCAACCUCGGCCUUGCGGCACCUGUGCCUGGCGAGGACGCCUCCGCUAUCUUUGACACUGCCUACGGCAAGCGUGGCGAGGAUGCUUCCGCUAUUUUCGACACUGCCUACGGCAAACGUGAUGUCCAGGGCGAGGACGCCUCCGCUAUCUUUGACACUGCCUACGGCAAGCGUGGUGAGGAUGCUUCCGCUAUUUUUGACACUGCCUACGGCAAGCGUGGCGAGGAUGCUUCCGCUAUUUUCGACACUGCCUAUGGCAAACGUGAUGUCCAGGGCGAGGAUGCUUCCGCCAUCCUUGACACUGCCUAUGGCAAACGUGAUGUCCAGGGCGAGGAUGCUUCCGCCAUCUUUGACACUGCCUAUGGCAAACGUGAUGUCCAGGGCGAGGAUGCUUCCGCCAUCUUUGACACUGCCUACGGCAAGCGUGGCGAGGAUGCUUCCGCUAUUUUCGACACUGCCUAUGGCAAACGUGAUGUCCAGGGCGAGGAUGCUUCCGCCAUCCUUGACACUGCCUAUGGCAAACGUGAUGUCCAGGGCGAGGAUGCUUCCGCCAUCUUUGACACUGCCUAUGGCAAACGUGAUGUCCAGGGCGAGGAUGCUUCCGCCAUCUUUGACACUGCCUACGGCAAAUAG